AUGUGGAUUUGCAAAGAAGAAGACGAAAUCUCUGCCACUUUAGCAGUUGACAAUCAAUGGUAUAGAUUAUCUACUGUUCCAGUCGAACAGUUAUUAACGUUUGAGGAAUUUAUUGCUAUCGACGAUGAUUUGGCUUUUAUACUUGAAUAUAUUGACGAAAAAAAUUGUUUAAAUGACAAUAGCAAUGAUAAUUCAUUAGAGAGCUCAGUCACUAUACUAAGUUCAGAUCCAGCUGAAUGGAACCUCGCUUCUCUUGAAAUAAUAAAUUAUUUGUUAAAAAAUCCACCAUUUGAAAAUAGAGACCACAUCGAUUUUAAAAAUACUAAACAAUUGUUCGGCAAACAAUUAAGAAAACUUCCAUGUAAUAUAUUUGAAAGACGUCUUCUUAAUGAUGAAAUUAAAAAUAGAUCAUGGUUUCUUUAUUCAAAAUCUAAGAAUGCUUUGUUUUGUUUUCAAUGCCUUAUUUUUGCUACUAAAAAACAGGUAUUUAGUGAUCCAUCUGUAGGAUUUACUAAUUGGCAAAAGUAUCACCAUUUGGUUGCAGAACAUGAAAAAAUUGUUAUAGAUAAUGCUUUGCAAGAACAGGUAUAUAACGAAAUUAAUUAUUGGAAAAAUUUAUUACAUCGCGUAGUGUGUACAAUACAAUUUUUAUCAGAAAGAGGGCUUGCUUUUUGCGGAGAAGAUGAAAAUUUUGGUUCAAAACAUAAUAGAAAUUAUCUAGAAUGCUUAGAGCUCAUUUCUAAAUGCGAUCCAUUCAUUGCAAAUCACAUAUCAAAUCAUGGAAAUAAAGGCCGUGGCAAUGUGUCUUACUUGUCAUCUACAAUAUGCGAUGAAUUUAUAUCAUUAAUGAGCAAAACAGUUAUUGAUAACAUUGUAAUUCAAAUCAAAAAAUUAAAAUACUUUUCAAUCAUUGUUGAUUCGACUCCUGAUAAUACUAAAGUAGACCAAUUGACCAUUAUUAUAAGGUUUAUGACAGAUAAUAGUUCUGUAGUUGAAAGAUUUGUAGGAUUUUUUGAAUCAGUCGACCACAAAAGUGAGGACAUGGAAACUGCUUUACUUCAACGUUUUACAGAUUUAGAUAUCAAUUUUAAAAAUUGUAGGGGACUAUAA